GAGCCUUGUCAUCAAUGGAGGCUUGGGUAUAGAAAGCAAGUACUCAUUAGGAACACUAAUUAAUCACUGAUCUAGCCUAGUCUAGUAAAAAAUCAUUGAGUGCCAGUAGGACUCCAUUGUCCUUGACUACAAUAAUUUUUCUUUACUUACAAAGGAACAUCUUUCUCUCACUAAAACCAUAUCUCACUGACACACCACUCCAUCAAGUCAUACUAACCACCGGGAACCGGCCAAAAUUUCGAUCAGAAUCGAAACUUGGGGGGCCAAAAUUCCGGUCAAAAAUUGAAACUUGAUGAUGAAGCAGAGUUGGGAUGAGCAAGAAGAGGUGCCGCGUCUACCUCAGAAGGUGGAGGUAUUGCUCCGGCAAAUCUGUGAGGACAAAAAGCAACCUUGGCCGGACGCUGACGCCAUAAGGCAGCUCGCGGCUCAGAGCGAGGAGUCGGCAAUGGAGACCCUGAAGAAAAUCUCGACCAGCACAAGCAUCAGAACCACCCUCGGCCGUUAUAUAAAGUGGAUGAUCCGGCAAUGUAGCUCUGCUUCUCCGUCGCCGUCCAAAACGGUGCGUUCCGCUCACGUUCAAAGCCCUGAUGCUACUUCACUCACUCCUCAGAGACUUCACUUCAGCCCUCCAGGUGAGGCAGUUGGUGACGGGUCACCUGUUGUUGGGCAAUUACCUUAUUGCUCAGGUUCUCCAUCGAAAGCCGCGGUGACUUGUUCUUGUCAAAGAUUGUCUGCUCAUGCACAAGUCGAUGAGGGGUCUCGAGGCGAGGCAUUUAAUCACCUGUCACCUGUUAUUGGUCAAUCACCUUAUUCCUCUGGUUCUCCUUUGAAAGCCGCAGACACUUCUUCUUAUCAAAGACUGUCUGCUCCUGUACAACUGGAUGAGAGAUUUCAAGGUGAUGCAUUUAGUCAUCGGUCACCUGUUGGACAACCACCUUAUUCCUCUGCUUCUCCAUCAAAAGCUGCAGGCACUACUUCUUAUCAAAGAUUGUCUCCUCCUGUACAACUUGAUGAUACGUUUCAAGGUGAGGCAUUUAAUCACCGGUCACCUGUUAUUGAACAAUCACCUUAUUCCUCUGGUUCUCCAUUGAAAGCUGCAGGCACUUCUUAUCAAAGACUGUCUGCUCCUGUCCAACAUGAUGAGAGGUUUCAAGGUGAUGCAUUUAGUCAUCCGUCAUCUGUUGGACAACCACCUUAUUCCUCUGCUUCUCCAUCAAAAGCUGCAGGGGAGGCAUUUACUGUUCUAGAGCAACCAGGAAACAUCAAUAAUGGACAAUCACCUUAUUAUUCCUCUGGUUCUCCAUUGAAAGUGGCACGCACUUGUUCUUGUCAAAGCCCAUCUGCGUUGGUUGCUCCUAUACAACUUGAUAAGAAGUUUCAAGGUGACACAUUUACUGACAGGUCACUUGUUCGACAAUUACCUUGUUCCUGUGGUUCUUCAUUAAAAGCCACAGGUUCUUAUGAAAGAUUGUCUACUCCUAUACAAGCUGAUGAGCGGUUUCAUGGUGAGGCAUUUAGUGCCCGGUCAGCUGUUGGACAAUUACCUUGUUCCUCUGUUUCUCCAUUAAAAUCCGCAGUCACUUCUUCUUAUCAAAGAUUGUCUACUCCUGUACAGCUUGAUGAGAGGUUUCAAGUUGAGGCAUUUAAUGACCGGGCACCUGUUAUUGGACAAUCACCUUACUCCUCUGGUUCUCCAUUGAAAGCCGCAAGCACUUCUUAUCAAAGACUGACUGCUCCUCUACAACUGGAUGAGAGGUUUCAAGGUGGGGUAUUUGCUGAUCAGACACCUGUUCAAGGACAAUCACCAUAUGCCUCUUGUUCUCCAUCAAAAGCCUUCUGCAUUUCUCCUUAUCAGAGAAUGUCUGCUGAUGUUGUUCCUGUACAACUUCAUGAAAGGUUUCAAGGUGAGGGUAUCACUAGGUCCUCAGUUAUAGACAAACCUGGAGAUCAUGGAGAAGCACACUUAGUAGCUCUGGGUGAACUAGAAUUCCGUAAACAAUUUCUGAUUUUAAGUUAUGCUGGAGGAAUGAAGUUGAGAGAUCUUAUAGCAGCAGAGGACAUUAGGGAUUGGAAAUAUUUGCCAAUGGUAACGUUUGAGAGCAAAAUUUGGGAGUAUCUAGGUCGAAAAUGCAUCAGCCUUGAAGACCGUCGAUUGAAUUUUGAUUGGGAUUCUGGACGCACACACGUCUAUUAUUGUUACGUCAACGUGGAUGGGAGUUACAUAUUUAAGGGCCCAUAUUUAUAUAAAAUAAGAAGAACGCUCCUACAGAAAAAAUUAGGAGAUGACAAUGUUUUAAUGGUGAAGUUUGCCAAAGAAGAGGUGCAGAGAGGUCAAAGUAUUGCUUGCCAUCAUAAUUAUUCUAUGUAUAUGAAGGUUGCAAGAGAAGGGAUUCUUGUUGGUCUGCGGCGAUAUCGUUUCUUUGUGUUCAAAGAUGGUGGUAAUGAGGAGAAGAAAAAAAACCCAACUUCAUCACCUGUGAAGUGUUACUUUGUUCGAGUGGCCUCUGAUGCAGCCAUAGACAAAGGUGUCAGUUAUAUAUUAUCUAACAGAACGAUGUAUGAAGCCAGAUGUCUUUUCAUGCAUGCACAUACUCUGGCUAGUAUCGAUAACUACAUGAUUAGGUUCUCACUCAUUUUGUCCAAGACAACGAGCUUAAACGUAGAUUGGUCAGUUGUCAAGGUUGAAAUCAUCGGUGAAGAAUACUGUCUCGAUGAAUCUGGUAAUCGUAUCCAUAGAGAUGAAAAACCACUUAUACAUACAGAUGGAACUGGAUUCAUAUCUGAGGAUUUGGCUUUAAUUUGUCCAAAGAUAGAAGCCAAAGGACAAAGUAUAAGUGAUGAACACAUGAAGGGACUUCCUGAUCCUGAUGAACUUGAGGAUAAUGAUAUGGGAAAGAAAAGGCCAGUUCUUAGAACUGAAGAACCGCCUUUGCUCACACAGUGCCGACUUUUUCACAAUGGCAGUGCUUCUAAAGGAACGUUUCUUGUCAAUAAAAAGCUCCAUCCGAACACAAUCCAGAUUCGACCAUCUAUGCUCAAAGUUAAGACAGAUCCAACGAUUUCCAAUAAUCAAACAAUCAACUCAUUGGAAAUAGUUGGCACAAGUACUCCUCCUAGGAAUACGCACUUAUCGAGGAUUUUAAUUGCACUUCUAAUGCAUGGAGGGGUACCGGAAGAAUUUUUCAUGCAGAUACUUAACCAAGCUUUGGAAGAUGCUCAUGGUGUUUUCUGCAAGAUACGUGCAGCACUCAAAGUUGCUGAGAAGUAUGGUGAGAUUGAUGACAAUUUCUUGGGGAAAUUAAUGAUCUCAUUUGGAAUACCUCUAGAAGAAUCAUACUUGCGGUAUCGUCUCUCAGUCCUAAUGAAAGAGGAAAACAACAGUCUUAGAAAAGGGAAACUUUAUAUUCCUGAUUCCUAUAAUUUGAUGGGGACAGCUGAUCCAACAGGGACUUUAAAAAAGGAUGAAGUCUGUGUUAUCCUGAAGGAUGGACAACUGUCGGGGAAGGUACUAGUCUACAGAUAUCCGGGUUUACACUUCGGGGAUAUUCAUGUUCUAAAGGCGACCUAUGUGAAGGAGUUAGAAUCUUUUGUUGGAAAUGCCAAAUACGGUAUAUUCUUCUCUUGCAAAGGUCCACGUUCCAUUGCUGAUGAAAUGGGUGGUGGAGAUUUUGAUGGUGAUCUAUACUGGGUCUCAAGAAACCCUCAGCUAUUGGAGUGGUACAAACCAAGUGAACCUUGGAUUGAAGCUUCAAUAUCAACCCAAAAAGUUCCCAGUAGGAGUCCAUCUGACUAUUCGCCUGAAGAUCUAGAAGAUGUUCUGUUUAGAUCAUUCUUGACAACUAGGUUUGAACCAAGUUUCGCUAUGAGUGAGGCAGCUGAUAAUUGGCUAGCCUGGAUGGAUCGUUUCUUGACUUUAGGAGAGAGUGACAUUGACGAAAAGAAUAAUGUGAAGGAUAAGAUACUGCAACUAAUUAACUUAUACUACACGGCUCUAGAUGCACCGAAGAAAGGUGUAAAGGUUGUAGUUCCAAAAGAAUUGAAGGUCCCAUGUUUCCCCCAUUACAUGGGAAAGAACAAUUCUUACCCUUCAACUUCCGUUUUGGGAUUAAUUUGUAACAGGGUGGAUGAGCAUCAAACAGAAGACCAUUCUCUCAAAGAAGUCGAGAAACUUCCUGCUUUUGAUGUUAAUGAAGUCCCUGAUGCCUGCUUGGACAAAUGGGAGGAACUACACCGACAGUACAGGAGUGAGAUGGCCUCUGCUAUGGACGAUGCUGAUAAACAGAGCAAAAAUCAGUCUGCCGAUGUGGUCAUAAGGAAAUAUAAAAAGAUUCUUUACGAGGCUAAUGACUUUGAGGAGAGUAGAAGGCCGAUCGAUGAGAUAUAUAACGAGGCACAAGCUAUAUAUCAUGUGUGUUAUGACCAUGCGAGGAGGAUAGGAGGUGUGAAGGCGUGUUCCUUUGCGUGGAAAGUUGCAGGUAAAGCUCUGUGCCAGCUUCACGCCAAGAACACGAAUGAAAGGUGUUGUACGAUAGUAUCCUCUGUUUUGAAGGAGAUUUUGUAAUUACUACUGUCAUUUCCUUUGAUUAUGGUCGAGGAAUGUGUUAUACGGUGUAACAUUUUAUGUAUAUAUGUAAAGGUCUUCGCAGGCUUCCGCAUUGA